UCAGCUGGGAUGAGGGGACCCCUCCAACACUCUUGGUGACAACCAAGUAACUCCUGCUCCAGCCAGAGCCCAGGAAGGAGCUCAGGGUCUCCAGGUACGUGGCAUCUUUUGGGAAAGAUGGAAUGGAAAUUGCCCUCUGCCAUCUGCCAGAACCAGCUCUUGUUUCCAUGUCCCGUUAGCAAAGUGGAACCAAGUGGUGCUCCAGGGAGGAGGAUGCUCUGUGGUUCCCCCAUCCACUGCUCUCUGCUGGCUUUUGUCGUUUCCACUUUAGUUUUGCAAGUUCCUCAGGGGCACUCAGCUCCACUCACCGUCACUGGACCCCCCGGCCCCAUCACCGUGGCCAAGGGCGAGGACGUGGUGCUGCCCUGCAGCUUCUCCCCGGGGCAGAAUGCACAGGACACGGAGGUGACCUGGUUUCGGGAGCAGUUCUCGCCCUUUGUGCAUCGCUACAAGUGGGGCCAGGACCAGUUUGGGGAGCAGAUGGUUCAGUACCAAGGCUUCUCCCCGGGGCAGAAUGCACAGGACACGGAGGUGACCUGGUUUCGGGAGCAGUUCUCGCCCUUUGUGCAUCGCUACAAGUUGGGCCAGGACCAGUUUGGGGAGCAGAUGGUUCAGUACCAAGGGCGCACUGAGCUGGGGAAGGACGGCCUUGCCAAGGGCAGCGCGGACUUGAGGAUCUUCCAUGUCCAACUCUCUGACACAGGGAAUUACACCUGCUUUGUUCGCCGUGGCUCAGAUUACGACGAGGCUGUGGUGGAGCUCAAGGUUACAGCGAACGUGGUUCUGGAUCCAGACACAGCCCACUGUGACCUUGUCCUGUCUGACAAUCGCAAAAGGGUGACACGAGCAUACACACCACAGCACAUCCACUACAAUGACAAGAGAUUUAACCCGUGGCGCUGCGUUCUGGGCUGUGAGGGCUUCACCUCAGGGAGACACUACUGGGAGGUGGAGGUGGAGAAUGCAGGAAGAUGGGCUGUGGGGAUUUUUAGAGAUGGUGUGGAAAGGAAGCGUGAGAUUGAGUUUAAACCAGAGGAAGGCAUCUGGGCAGUGGGGAAACGGCCAGAACUGAAAGCUUUCACCUCCACUAGUCCCACUGAAUUUCCUGAAAUCAAGGCUCCCAGGCGGAUCCGGGUCUCCCUGGAUUAUGAAAUGGGACAGGUGUCAUUUUUCAGUGUUGAUGAGGGGAUUCCCAUUUUCACAUUUCCACGGGUAUCAUUUGGGGGGAAAGACAUCUACCCUUGGUUCUGGCUGGGUCCUGGAACAUGUCUGAAAAUGUGUCCCUGAUGAAGAGGAAGCAGUAAGAGAAGGGUCUCCAAGGGCGGAGAUCUCGUUACCUCUCUGCACCUCUCUUCCAUGCUGCAUCACACCAAGAUCUUUCUCUAGGCCAGACAUGCUGUUCUGGUCCCAGUGCAGACCAGUGGGAGAGGCCACGGCCAAGACCUUGUGUUAUGAGAGCACCUCACAUCAUUUCCAGGUGUGGGGAAAAGGGACUUUCUCUCCUGCUUCUGAGGGUGUUCCUUACCCGUGGAGAGUGGAACCAUUGUUUCUUUGUCUCAGGCUGCAAUGGGUUGGUUUCUCGGAUAUUUUAGGCCUUCCUUAGCAACGGGGUCAGAAAUCUAAGGAAGUAUUCCAUAUCAUUCCUUUCCGUAACCCAACAGAUAAAAAGGCGUAGAUAAGAGAGUUCGCUCUCUUCCUUUCCGGCGAGGUUUGGGAAUGGUCGGUCCCUGUCUCGGUCUUCCUUCUCUGGAGCUGAGGCCCACAGUGACUGCUGUUGUCUGCCCCGCGUGAGGGGACAGUGCUGGGCCGCGUCCAGCUGUGCUGCUUCUCUCAAGGGAAGUGGGGAGAUUUUAAUAGUUCUUUAUUUUGUCAGUUACUG